AGAGCAAAUUUUGACGGGGGCCAGAGGAUUUAACCACAGAGGAAGUAGUUCCAAGAACAAGCCACAGAUAUAACUGGUUAGAAGUAGAAGGGGUGGGAGCUGAGUUGGAGCAGAGGGAGAGUUAGAGCUCCCCUAGGAUACUAAAGGGAAUGUGAUAAGGUGUGGGGAGUGCAGGAUAUCCAAGGGACUGAAAGGAGGCUUACAGAGACCCCAAACUAAGCAGAGUGAGAUCUCUGCUAGGGCAUUGAACAGAAUUCUCUCCAACACAGGCAGGGCCGGCCUGCCUGCCCCUUUGCUCUGUGCAGACACGAUCAGCCCCUAUCAUCACUGUUGGCUGCGUCCUGAUUUGGAGCCAGCUGGCAACAAAGAGUUUCCUUCCCGAGGGGUCCCUGAAGCUCCCCCGGGCGGCUCUGGCGGCGCCCCGUGAAAACGCUCCCUGCUCGGCCUCCAGCCCCUGCAGCCGCGGCCUCUCCGAACCUGCUUCUGCAAUGGGUAAUGAGGAGCUGUGGGUCCAGUCAGUCUUGGAGAUGCCGAAGAGAAGAGACAUCCUGGCUAUCGUGCUGAUAGUCCUGCCCUGGACGCUGUUAAUCACCGUCUGGCACCAGAGCACCAUUGCACCCCUGCUUGCAGUGCACAAGGAUGAUGGUGGUGACUCCCGGCGUGAUCUGGCCCAAGGCUCGGACUCCAAGGAGUACUGUCUGUCGGACCGCGACAUUGUGGAGGUGGUGAGGACAGAGUACGUGUACACCCGCCCGCCCCCGUGGUCGGACACCCUCCCCACCAUCCACGUCAUCACCCCCACCUACAGCCGGCCGGUGCAAAAGGCAGAGCUGACGCGCCUGGCCAACACCCUCUUGCACGUGCCCAACCUGCACUGGAUCCUGGUGGAGGACUCUCAGCGGCGCACGCCUCUCGUCACCCGGCCGAACGUGGAGACGCCCCGCAACUACAAGUUGAGGGGGGACAUGAGGGACCCCCGCAUUCCCCGGGGGACCAUGCAGAGGAACCUGGCCCUGCGGUGGCUGAGAGAGACUUUUAACAAAAACAGCAGUCAGCCUGGGAUUGUUUACUUCGCCGACGACGAUAACACCUACAGCCUGGAGCUCUUCGAGGAGAUGCGCACCACCAGGAAGGUGUCCGUGUGGCCGGUGGCUUUUGUGGGCGGCUUGCGCUACGAGUCGCCCAAGGUGAACGCAGCAGGGAAGGUGUACGGCUGGAAGACGGUUUUCGACCCCCACCGCCCAUUUGCCAUUGACAUGGCGGGCUUUGCCGUGAACCUCAGGCUGAUACUCCAGCGAUCUCAGGCUUACUUCAAACUGCGAGGAGUAAAAGGAGGGUACCAGGAGAGCAGCCUUCUCCGGGAACUAGUGACCCUGAAUGACCUCGAGCCAAAAGCUGCCAAUUGCACUAAGGUAUGGACUCAGGUACAUAGGCUGGAAGGAGCCAUUCUCCUGUAUCUAUUGCUAACCACAACUGCCAGGAGACGCAGACGCUCGAAAAGGGAGCAUAGAGACUGCCCUAUAGGAUCAGACCUGUCGUCUGUCCAAACCAGUAUCCCAAUGCCCAUCUAGUCCAAUAUGCUGUCUCAGAUGCUUCAAGAAAAGGCCUCCCCCGACACACACACACAAAUGGGCAGUUACGAAGUAAAAUACAUAGUGGGGAAAUUGCAUCUGAAAUUCCAGCCCUUAGUGGCUGGCUUCUGCCCUGGAGUGUGAGGAUUUAUCCCCUCUCGAAACGUCUCUGCUAGCUGCACUAACUCUAGCUGUCAUCCUCACGAUUUACAUGAACGUCUCAAUAACGUCCUGUGACAGUGAGUUCUGCAGAUGAAUUAUGCAUGGUACGGAAGAGCAUUUCCUAUAUGACGGGCGCUGCUUUGCAUUUGCAUUAGGGGUGCCCUUUUUCAUGUACAAUAGCGAACAUCAGCGUGAAUUUGCAGCUCUGCUCCUGCUUCUCCUAAGAUGUUACAGGAAAUGGAGGGGUAAAGAGGACGAGAAAUA